AUGAAGAAACAAAAGCAGCUCCGUCUCUUGGCAUUCAUGCCCAAGAAACAAGCAAAAGAUGACACUGGAUCGAAGGAAAAUAGUUUGAAUGAAGAAUGGAGGCAACCAGCUUCUCGCAAACGCAGUCGAUCCGCCCAAUCCCAAAGCGAUUACAAUAAGAGCACCGGUGUGGCUAGCAUCUUUGAACGGCCAAAGUUGAAACCGAAACAAACGGAUCUACUGGCCGAAAACUUGGGGAAAUUGUUGGGCCGGAAUCCUCAAUAUUUGGCUUCUGGAAGUGAUGGAGAUCCGGUUUCGUGGAUCCUUCAUGUACCCAAUUGGUUUCCCUCCAAGGCUGGGGCAACUGGUCGCCUUGGCAUUUCGUGUGGUGCGAAUAUUACGGAUCCAUCUUGUGCAAAACCCGUCCAAGACUUUCAAGCCGAAUGGAAUCUUCAUCCCACCAAGCGCAAACAACUCAAAAUAUUUGGCCGCCCAGUCUCCGAAAACAGAUGGAGCCAAGCUUGGGGGAAACCAAUGGACUACAGUGGAAUGAUUGACGACAGUGAUCGUCCACUGGAUCAAAGUCCCAAUCUGCCUUUUCUAAUCCAACAAGUGAAUACUAUCAUGAAGAGUGCAACAUCAGAUAAUGGGGAAGAACACGAUCAAAACGACAAGGAAACCCAAGUCAAUUCGGGCCGGGUCUACCAUGAAUACAACGCGUGCUUGCAAAACUGGUACCAACCGGAUCAUUCCAUUGGAUUACAUUCCGACGAUGAAAGUAAUUUGUACGCAAAUUAUCCCAUCUUUAGUAUCUCCUGGGGUGGAACCCGCCGAUUCCUGUUACGACCCAAAGAAGUCAAGACGAGUGCAAAGAAUGGAACCAACAAACAGAAGCGAGUCACUCCUGCUGCUGAACCGGUCGAAAUUUGGUUAAAGGAUGGUGACUUGCUCAUCAUGGGAGGUGCUUGCCAAAAGACACACAAACAUGAAGUACCAAGACCGAGAAAGAAGGAUCCUGUGACUGUCGAUAGGAUAUGUUGGACCAUUCGAGCCAUCAAAUCGUGA